AUGAGCAAAGCGGCCAUUGAGCAGUUCACAAAGUGUGCUGCCCUUGAGCUCGCACCGAAGGGAAUACGCGUCAACUGUAUAGCACCAGGAGUUAUUGUCACUGAACUCCACCGAAACGCCGGAAUGUCUGAAGAGGAAUAUGCCAAAUUCUUGGAUCGUGCCAAAAACAAUAGUCCCCUUGGGCACACCGGUGACUCAGAAGAUGUAGCCAACUCAAUCGCGUUUUUGGCCAGCGACGCUUCUUCCUUCACCACCGGAAACACAAUCUUUGUUGACGGUGGAUGGUCACGAGUUUGCCCUCGAUGA